AAUAUUCUUUUUAACCACAGAAUCGCACCUCGAAAAGACGAUUCCUUCACAUGAAUUUUGUACAAUUUAUGUGUACAAAGUUAUGUGUACAAUUAUUACUUGAUUUUUUUGUGAUAUGAAAACAAAGCGAACUCUUUGGAUUCAAGAAAAAGACUUGCUUGGAAAACACUUCUGUUUAGAAGAUCCAUCCCCUACUUCCGGUCUCUGAUCCGUUUAGACUGAUACACUUCCGGUGCACGUUCAAACAUGGCAACCUCCCGUCUAGAAAUAAAUUUUAUUAGACUUUUGUCUCGGUGUGAAUCUAUAGCAUUGGAGAAGCGGGUGGAAACCGAAUGGAGGCUGGAGAAGUAUGUCGGUGCUCUGGAAGAUAUGUUGGUCGCCUUAAAGAAAAGUUCGUGCAAACCUGUCACAGAGGUUCUAACGGACUACAGUCGUAAAGUGGACUUCCUGAAAGGGCUACUGGAAGCUGAGAAACUGGCGUCCCCGACAGAAAAGGCCGUGGCCAAUCAGUUCCUGGCGCCGGGCCGGAACCCCACCAUAGCCAGCGAGCGGAUGCCGGCCAGUAAGACUGUGCACAUGCAGGCUAAGGCCCGCUGCACCGAGGAGAUGAGGGGGGAGCUGAUGGGUGAGGGCACAUCAAAAAAGGGCAUUUCUGGAACAGAAGUAAGACACCGAAGUUUGCCUCUGGAUGAGCGGCAGUCAGCAGCUGAGCUGGACGCCGUCCUGCAGCACCACCACAACUUGCAGGAGAAGCUGGCGGAGGACAUGCUGAGCCUGGCCCGUAAUCUGAAGAACAACACCCUGGCAGCACAGAGCAUCAUCAAGCAGGACAACCAGACACUGACACAGUCCAUGAAGCAGGCGGACCUGAACUUCGAGAAGCUGAAGACGGAGUCUGAGCGCCUGGAGCAGCAUGCCAAAAAGUCCGUCAACUGGUUCCUGUGGUUCAUGCUGGUGCUGGUUUGUUUCACCUUCAUCAGCAUGAUCCUGUUCAUCAGGCUUUUCCCUAGACUUAGAUGAUGCUCUCCCCCCUGCCUCCGCCUUGUCAUCCACACUUCCAGGGUCCCAUUCAGGUACUUUGUGACCCACCCCUGUUUAGCUGGGUCUGCUUUGGUAUCUCUCCUCCUAAUAACCCAGCUGGCUCUGAAUUUGGUCCAGGCCAAGGUUCACGGACCCCUCAGCACAGUUCGUUUGUGUUCUAACUACAUUUUAAGUGUGAGUUGGCUCUGCUUUAAUCAGCAGUGGCUGCAAUUGACCAGCGGAGGGGGGGGGGGUUCUACUCCUGUUGCCAUAGCUUCCUCAGUCCCCCAGGUAUCAUUACACUAAAUUUCUGUUCCUAUGGUAACCCAUGGUAACUGAGCUGGAGGGUUGAGUGAGAGAUGAGUGAUUAUAGAGGGGUUGAUCUGUCCGCUGCAGCCGCCUGGAGGCCAAACACUGUAAUUCCGGCAGUCUCUCUCUCUAAGGUGUCGUACACUUUUGCCUGGUGGCUCAUUUCAGAAACGCAUGUCCUGCAUUUUACAGUUGCACAUGUAAGCCGGUUUGUGUUUUGUUAUAUGCAGAUUUCUCUGCAUUUGUUGGGAAGUAGGGGUUUGUCUAAAAGGAGGCUUUGGGUGUACAGCCCCCGGAACCCUUUUCAACAGCAACGAGACCCCUCCCCAAUGCGGAGCCCUCUGCCUGUAACCCACGUUUUAUUAAAUUACUUUAUGAGCA